CAAUCCCCCAUGUAAGAGUGAGGUGGAGGAGGACAUUCCAGUCCAUGUGACCACAGAAAAUCCUAGUAAGAACUGUGAGAAAAACGUCAUGUUAUCACUAGAUUAUAAAGAAGAAGAUGAAGUUACCGGGCAUCGCUCUUCAGGAGAAAAUCUAUCAUAUAAUCCUCCUAAUCAUGAGGAACCUCCCCCUGACCAAUCACAGAUUGCUGCCACAAGUACCAGGCAGAAAUUGGAAAAAUGGUUUCAUUGUGGGGAAUGUGGAAAACAGUUUAAACAAAGAUCAAGUCUUAAUGUCCACAGAAGAAUUCACACAGGAGAGAGUCUAUUUGCAUGCUCAAUGUGUUUGAAAAUUUUUCCAAAAAAAUCUAGUCUCAUAAGACAUGAGAGAAUUCACACAGGAGAGAAGCCGUUUCCAUGUACAGAAUGUGGGAAAUGUUUUACAAAUAAAUCAGAUCUUGUUAAACACAACAGAAUUCACAAAGGAGAAAGGCCAUAUCCAUGUUCAGAAUGUGGGAAAUGUUUUACACAUAAAUCAGAUCUUGUUAUACAUAUGAGAAUUCACACAGGAGAGAGGCCGUAUUCAUGUGCAGAAUGUGAGAAAUCCUUUAUUACGAAAACCAGACUUAAAGAUCAUCAGAGAAUUCACACUGAAGAGAAACCAUUUUCAUGUUCAACAUGUGGGAACUGCUUUAAAUGUAAAUCAGAUCUUACUAAACAUGAGGGAAUUCACAAAAGGGAAUUUUCAUGCUCUAUGUGUUUGAAAUUUUUUUCCAAGAAAGCCAAUCUCGUUAUACAUGAGAGAAGUCACACAGGAGAGAAGCCAUAUUCAUGUCCAAAAUGUGAAAAAUGUUUUACAAAUAAAUCAGAACUUCUUGUACAUGAGCGAAGUCACACAGAAGAGAAGCCUUAUUCAUGUUCAAAAUGUGGGAAAUCCUAUGCUACGAAAAGCAGACUUAAUGUUCAUCAGAGAAUUCACAGUGAAGAGAAACCGUUUUCAUGUUCAAUAUGUGGGAGCUGCUUUAAAUGUAAAUCAGGUCUUGCUAAACAUGAAAAAAUUCACAUUGGAGCGAAGAGUUUUACAUGUUCAGUGUGUUUGAAAUGUUUCUCAAAUAAACUUGGUCUCAUUAUACAUGAGAGAAGCCACACAGGAGAGAAGCCAUUUUCAUGUUCAGAAUGCGGGAAAGAUUUUACAAAUAAAUCAGAUCUGGUUAAACAUCUGAGAUAUCACACAGGAGAGAAGCCGUAUCCAUGUUCAGAAUGUGGGAAGAGCUUUGUUACGAAAACCAAGCUUAAAGACCAUCAGAGAAUUCACACAGGGGAGAAGCCAUAUUCAUGUUCAGUAUGUGGGAAAUGUUUUACAGAGAAAACAUAUCUUUCUAGACAUGAAGACAUUCACCUAGAUACAUCAAAUAUUAUUAUAUCUCAAGAAAAUAUAUCUGUAUUGCAGUUAUAUCCAUGUGAAGAACUUUUACUCUCCAAUUUACGGGAAGAAAUAAAAGCUACACAGGAGCUUAUAACACCUAUGGUCGACAAUGACCUGCUCCAGGAUCUGGAUAAUAAGUUACAAAAGAACCUGUUUAAAUUGGAAGAGACUUUGAUUUCAGAAAAACAGGAGAAGUUCAACCGUGACCUGCAGGAUUACAAAACCAAUGAUCCCCCGUGUAAGAGUGAGGUGGAGGAGGACAUUCCAGUCCAUGUGACCACAGAAAAUCCCAGUAAGAAGUCUGAUGGAAACGUGGUGUUAUCACAAGAUUAUAAAGUAGAAGAUGAAGAAAUCAGACAGCGCUCUUCGGAAGACGUCAUUACCUGUAAUGUACAUUCAGCACUUCACAGUACAGAUCUAUCAUAUAAGCCCCCUAAUCAUGAGGAACCUGCUCCUGACCAAUCACAGAUUGUUACCACAAAUACCGAGCAGAAAGGGAGUAAGAGGUUUCAGUGCAAUGACUGUGGGAAACAGUUUACACACAACUCAGGUCUUUUUAUACACCGAAGAAGUCACACAGGAGAAAAGCCAUAUUCAUGUAGAGAAUGUGGUAAAUCUUUUACAAGGAAAUCAUAUCUUGUUACACACGAGAAAAUUCACACAGGGGAGAAGCCAUAUUCAUGUUCACUGUGUGGAAAAUGUUUUUCAGAUAAAUCAAGUCUUGUUACCCAUGAACGAAUUCACACAGGAGAGAAACCAUAUUCAUGUUCAGUAUGUAAAAAAGAUUUUACAAAUAAAUCCCAUCUUGUUACGCAUGAAAGAAUUCACACAGGAGACAAGCCAUAUUCAUGUUCACUGUGUGGGAAAUGUUUUUCAGAUAAAUCAAGUCUUGUUACCCAUGAACGAAUUCACACAGGAGAGAAACCAUAUUCAUGUUCAGUAUGUAAAAAAGAUUUUACAAAUAAAUCCCAUCUUGUUACGCAUGAAAGAAUUCACACAGGAGAGAGACCAUAUUCAUGCUUAGUAUGUGGAAAAUGCUUUGCAGAUAAGUCAUGUCUUAUUACACAUGAAAGAAUUCACACAGGAGAGAAGCCAUAUUCAUGUUCACAAUGUGGGAAGUGUUUUACAGAUAAAUCAAGCAUUGUUAAACAUGAGAGAAUUCACACAGGAGAGAAACCAUAUUCAUGUUCAGUAUGUAAAAAAGAUUUUACAAAUAAAUCCCAUCUUGUUACGCAUGAAAGAAUUCACACAGGAGAGAGACCAUAUUCAUGCUCACUAUGUGGAAAAUGCUUUGCAGAUAAAUCAUGUCUUGUUACACAUGAGAGAAUUCACACAGGAGAGAAGCCAUAUUCAUGUUCACAAUGUGGGAAGUGCUUUUCAGAUAAAUCAAGCAUUGUUAAACAUGAGAGAAUUCACACAGGAGAUAAGCCAUAUUCAUGUUCAGAAUGUGGAAAAUGUUUUUCAAAUAAAUCAAAUCUUAUUACACAUGAGAGAAUUCACACAGGAGAGAAACCCUAUUCAUGUUCAAAAUGUGGGAAAUGUUUUACAAACAAAUCACAUCUUGUUAAGCAUGAGAGAAGUCACACUGGAGAGAAGCCUUAUUCAUGUUCAGAAUGUGGGAAAUGUUUUGUCACCAAAGCCAAUCUUAAGGAUCACCAGAGAAUUCACACAGGUGAGAAGUCUUAUUCAUGUUCAGAAUGUGGCAAAUGUUUUACAAAUAAAUCAAGCCUUCUUGCUCAUGAAAGUAGCCACUCAGGAGAGAAGACGUGAUGUUCUACAUGAGAAGUAAGAAAAAUGUCUUACAAGGAAAUCACAGGAAAUUACAUUUUGAAACCCAUCAGCAAAUGCACUCAGAAAAGAGACUGCAUUCUUUUUUGGAAUAUGGAAAACAUUACUACAGUGAUUUUUUUUUUUAACCUGAAAUGUUAAAUUGAUAUUUAGAUUGUAAGCCCCAAUGGGGACGUUUACUGAUGUGACUACAAUCUCUGUAUGUGAGCAGUGUAUAAAUUAAUAAAAUAACAUGUUAGGUUAUUCUUAGAUGUUAAUCAUCCAAAAA